AUGGCUGAAAUCGUUAAAGAAAAUCAAGAGCAACACACGGGGUUGAAGCUAAAUUACUACCUACCGGUAUUGAAAGAUGGAGUGAAAGUAGUUAAGCUAAUUAUAAACCCCCAGGAGAUAGCUGAACAGAAUCAAAAAUGGAGUCUAGUUUUAAUUGGGUAUGUGAUUGGUGGAAACCCUACUUUCAAAGAAAUGCUCAAAUUCGUGUAUGGAGUAUGGAAUUUCGUCAGUACACCUCAGGUAUUUCUCCAUAACAAUGGGUAUUUCAUCUUCAAGUUUGAGAAUGAGGAAGAUAAGGCAGCGAUUCUUCAACAAGGGCCAUACACAUUCAACUACAGACCUUUCAUUCUGAAACAAUGGGAUCUAGAGUUCCAAAUGCAUAAGGAAUCUACUCAAAUUGUUCCGAUGUGGGUAAUGUUUCCAAAUCUACCAAUCCAAUUUUGGGCUCCUGGCAAUCUAGGUAGAAUAGCUAGCUGUAUUGGAAAUCCUAUUUGCACAGACAAGCUAACAACUCAAGAGCAAAGGAUCGCUUAUGCUAAGAUAUUGAUAGAGAUGGACAUAUCCCAGCCUCUACCAGAUUCACUUUCCCUUGAAUUACCUGACGGAAAAUAUUACUCACAGGACAUUGAGUAUGAAUGGAAGCCAAUGUACUGUCAAGAUUGCUUGAAAGUUGGACAUGUCACAGGGGAUUGCAAGAAGAGACCAGCAGAAUAUAGAGAGCCUCAACAGAAUAUCAAAAAGAAACCAACGAAGGAAUAA